GUAUCCGUGAAAACCGGAAACAUCCGCUUUCUCCCAACCCCGCUGGAGAGGUAUGACUGGAAAAGCUAACUAGCUGUAAAACCAUAGUUUCUAAACCUUUUUAUUUCUACACUAUAAUACUACAAUUUGGUUUUCAAGUCAAAGAGCUCAGUGGUAGGGCGAUCAAAUAUCUGAACCGUCAAAAUCCAGAAUGAGACGACACACAACAUAUAAUGAUGAAGACCUGCGCGAUGCUACCAGGAGGAAAGGCGAGAAGGUCCCUGAGGAUAAACAACACGAAUCCACCAUUUACUCAUUCAGGACACAGGAGCAGGACACAGCAGCCACAGGCUUCCAGCGCUUCCUCAGUGUCCUCAACAAAGGGGUGGACAUCAACAAGCUCUCAAAGAUUGUCAACAACGUGAAUGAGUUACCCCCUAUUCAGGAGGGCCAUCCCAAGACUGCCUACAGGAGUGAGUAUAAGGAGGCCCCAGCUCAGAACUCUCAGGAUUGCUUGGGGCCCCAGAGUAGAGCUCUGCCACAAGACAACAGUCACUCACACAUUCGUGGAGAAAGGAGGCCGGAUCUCCCACAUGGCCAGCUCCAGAGCCUGCUGGAGUCCAUCGGGCUAGACCUGGGGGUGGAGGAGUUGGGCCGACUGUCAGACCGGACCAAGGAGAAGCUAUACGGAAUGAAGAGAGACCAGGAGAGGAGUCCCUUGACGUCAGACAGGCACUCUAGUACUAGAGACUGGGACAGAGAACGAGACGAGGACACAGAGGGGGACGGAUCUAAGAGAAAUGGAGAAAGAGACCGGGACAGAGACUGGGCCAGUUCUGAGAGAGACCGAGAGAGAGACGGGGACAAAUCUGAGAGAGACCGGGACAGGCGUUCUAAUACCAGGGACAGGCGCUCUGGUCCYAGGGACAGGCACUCUAGUACCAGGGACAGAGACAGACACUCUGGUUCCAGAGACAGGGACAGGCACUCGGGUACCAGGGACAGCAACAGGGACAGACGCUCUAGUACCAGGGACAGCAACAGGGACAGGCGCUCUAGAACCAGGGACAGCGAGAGAGAUAGGCACUCUGAUACCAGGGACAGUGAGAGAGACAGGCCCUCUGGUACCAGUGACAGGGGCUCUAGUACCAGGGACAGAGACGAGGACAGACGCUCUACGUCCAUGACAGAGACGAGGACAGGCGCUCUAGUACCAGGGACAGAGACGAGGACAGGCGCUCUAGUACCAGGGACAGGCGCUCUAGUACCAGGGACAGGCGCUCUAGUACCAGGAAGGCACUCUAGUACCAGAGACAGGACAGGCGCUCUAGUACCGAGGGACAGGGACAGGCGCUCUAGUAACAGGGCGGGACAGGGACAGGCGCUCUAGUAACAGGGACGAGCCAGGACAGGCGCUCAGUAACAGGGACAGAGACAGGGACAGGCGCUGUAGUACCAGGGACUGGGCCAAAGAAAGUGACAUGAUUGGUAUAGGGACAAGUCCAAGGAAAGCUCUGCUGAGCUCAACACAUACUCUAAGGACCCUAUAUCCUCUUUCUCACCCUCCUAUGCAUCAUGAUGGCAACCUUCUCCACCACCCAGUUCUCUCUGUAUACCAGCAGCCCCUACGCCAAUGCCUUCCCUCCAGGUUGGGGUUAUCCCCCUG